UUACUCCAUGAACAAGAAAUCCCAAACCUUUCAAAUCUCUUCUUCAGUCUUCUCCUCUUCUUCUUCUCCACCUAUUCCUUAGGUUUCCGGUUGCUCUCUUCAUCUCAAAACCCUAGCUUUCUCCUCUCUUGUUACAGAUCCAAACCCUAAGAGUUAAACGGCGGCGGCGGCAAUGGCGACGGCUGCGACGAUGGUGAGUUCGGCGGGUGGUUUAUUGGCGAUGCUGAACGAAUCCCACCCACAGUUGAAACUCCACGCGCUCUCAAAUCUCAACGCCUUUGUUGAUUACUUUUGGCCUGAGAUCUCUACCUCUGUCCCUGUCAUUGAAAGCUUAUACGAGGAUGAAGAGUUUGACCAAAGACAACUAGCUGCAUUAGUUGCUUCAAAGGUUUUCUAUCAUUUGGGUGAACAUAAUGACUCAUUAUCCUAUGCCCUUGGAGCUGGCCCACUCUUUGAUGUUUCUGAGGAUACUGACUAUGUUCAUACAGUUCUCGCUAAAGCCCUGGAUGAGUAUGCAAGCCAUAAAACUAAGGCAGCUGAGUCAAAUGAUGAAGCCACAAAGGUGGACCCCAGGCUGGAGGCUAUUGUGGAGAGAAUGCUUGAUAAGUGUAUAGUGGAUGGCAAAUAUCAGCAAGCCAUUGGCAUGGCCAUUGAAUGCCGAAGGCUGGAUAAGGUUGCCGAAGCAAUUGUUUNAACCCCCACCCCAAAUCCGUGUGCUCUAUAUAAUUUAUGUUAUCUUCCUGCUAGAAAAUUUUCAUUUAAAUCUUCCUACUUUCUCUUACAGGUGCUUCGUCUUCUUGUGGAUGUGUAUGAGAAGUCACCAUCUCCAAACUAUUUGAGCAUGUGCCAGUGGCUUAUGUUUUUGGAUAAACCAGAGUCUGUAGCAAGCAUAUUGGAGAAGCUAUUAAGAUCAGAAAAUAAAGAUGAUGCUCUAUUGGCAUUACAAAUAGCUUUUGACCUUGUAGAGAACGAGCACCAAGCUUUUCUUUUGAGGGUUAGAGACCGGCUUUCCAGCCCCAACCUACAACCUUCAGAGCCGGCACAGUUGUUACCUGCGGAUUCUGAUCGAGCACCGACUGAAGAUGCAGAAGCUUCAGAGGAUGUUCCAUUGUUAGAAGAAAGUAGACCUUCAGGUGGGACGUUAACAACUGCAGAUCCAAAAGAAGCUAUAUAUGCUGAAAGGUUGGGAAAACUAAAAGGGAUUCUAUCAGGGGAGACCUCAAUACAGUUGACCUUGCAAUUCUUAUACAGCCAUAACAAGUCAGAUCUCCUUAUUCUUAAAACAAUAAAGCAGUCUGUUGAGAUGAGAAAUAGCGUGUGUCACAGUGCAACAAUAUAUGCGAAUGCGAUCAUGCAUGCUGGAACGACUGUGGAUACAUUCCUUAGGGAGAACCUGGACUGGCUAAGCCGUGCAACAAAUUGGGCUAAAUUCAGUGCGACAGCUGGACUGGGUGUUAUCCACAGUGGCCAUUUGCAGCAGGGGAGAUCACUUAUGGCACCUUACUUGCCGCAAGGUGGCGCUGGUGGAGGUGGUAGUCCAUAUUCAGAAGGUGGUGCCUUGUAUGCUCUUGGUUUAAUUCAUGCAAAUCAUGGGGAGGGCAUCAAACAGUUUCUUCGUGAUAGUCUACGUAGUACAAAUGUCGAGGUUAUUCAGCAUGGUGCCUGCUUAGGACUUGGGUUGGCUGCUCUAGGAACCGCUGAUGAAGAGAUUUAUGAUGACAUUAAAAACGUGCUAUAUACUGACAGUGCCGUUGCUGGAGAGGCUGCUGGUAUUGGUAUGGGUUUAUUGAUGGUUGGAACUGCAAGUGAGAAGGCAGGUGAGAUGCUUGCUUAUGCUCAUGAGACGCAACAUGAGAAGAUAAUCAGGGGUUUGGCACUAGGUAUAGCUCUCACAGUCUACGGAAGGGAGGAAGAAGCCGAUACACUGAUUGAACAAAUGACUAGGGAUCAAGACCCUAUAUUGCGUUAUGGUGGAAUGUAUGCUUUAGCAUUGGCUUACAGAGGAACUGCAAAUAAUAAGGCUAUCCGUCAGUUGCUGCAUUUUGCUGUAUCAGAUGUUAGUGAUGAUGUCCGCCGGACAGCAGUUUUGGCACUUGGAUUUGUUAUGUAUUCUGAGCCAGAGCAGAUGCCUCGUAUUGUAUCGUUGUUAUCGGAGUCGUACAAUCCACAUGUUCGAUAUGGUGCGGCUAUGGCAGUAGGCAUUUCUUGUGCAGGUACUGGUCUGAGUGAGGCCAUCUCAUUGUUGGAGCCUUUGACAUCAGAUGUGGUUGAUUUUGUACGUCAAGGUGCUCUCAUAGCGAUGGCCAUGGUGAUGGUCCAGAUAAGUGAAGCCAGUGAUUCCCGCGUGGGUGCCUUCAGGCGACAACUGGAGAAAAUUGUCCUUGAUAAGCAUGAAGAUACCAUGAGUAAAAUGGGUGCAAUUUUGGCCUCUGGUAUUCUUGAUGCUGGUGGAAGAAACGUGACAAUCAAAUUACUUUCAAAGACUAAACAUGACAAAAUUACAGCAGUCGUUGGACUAGCUGUUUUUAGUCAGUUUUGGUAUUGGUAUCCACUUAUAUAUUUCGUUAGCUUAGCAUUCUCACCAACAGCCUUGAUUGGUCUCAAUUAUGACCUAAAAGUGCCAAAGUUCGAGUUUGUAUCACACGCCAAGCCCUCGCUAUUUGAGUAUCCUAAGCCAACCACUGUAGCCACCACAACUUCUGCUGUCAAACUCCCCACAGCUGUUUUAUCAACAUCAGCUAGGGCUAAGGCAAGGGCUAGCAAGAAAGAGGCUGAGAAAGCCAUUGCCGAGAAGGCAGCUGGAACAGAGUCAUCUUCUGGUGCACCAAGUUCUGGGGAGUCCAUGCAGGUGGAUACUCCAGCGGAGAAGAAAAAUGAACCAGAGCCAUCAUUUGAGAUGUUGACCAACCCUGCUAGGGUGGUUCCAGCUCAGGAGAAAUACAUAAAGUUUUUGGAAGAAAGCAGAUAUGUGCCAGUUAAAUCAUCACCUUCUGGAUUUGUGCUUCUGAGAGAUCUACGUCCUGACGAACCUGAAGUAUUGUCCCUUACAGAUGCACCCUCGUCAACUGCAUCCAGCACUGGUGGUGGAUCAACUGGACAACAGGCCCCGGCAUCAGCAAUGGCUGUUGAUGAGGAGCCUCAGCCACCACCGGCUUUUGAGUACACAUCUUGAUUUAUUUGUAUUUUAAAAGCUUCAUCAAUACUUUGGUUUUCAUUCCAUGUUGGAAGAUGAUGUUGAAUGGGCAGAGGUGGAAACCUAUGGAUCAAAUAGCACUUCCUAUGAUCAGAGUUGAAUUGUGGGGUACAUUGAAAAGAGCCCCCGUGGAUUCUGUUAUUCUGCCUCUUGAUUUCCAGACUUGUGCUUGUGCUUGUCAUUGUAUUUCCUACGCAAGAGGGACUCGAAAAUUGGGGACUGGAAACUGCCAUUGCGCGUUAUUUUUGUCAGAAUCUGUCUUGUCACCUCUGUCCUAGACUGUUAGAUUUUUACUUUGUGUUCUAAUUAAGAUUUUAUAUUGCUUGGAUCUACAAAAAGAGUUCCACUGUUCUCUCUCGAGUAUUUAUUAGUUACCACAACUUGAUCUUUGCCAGUCCUAGUUUAAGCCUUUUGCAAUUUGUUUGGUUU